AGAAAAGGCAGUUUCCUUGGUCCAAGUAGGUUUUCAUCAUGAUAUGCACAGGACCGCUAGUGAGGAAAAAUUUAUGAAGAGAAAGUAAAAAUAUUUGACCCUUGUUAUGCCAGCAUACAAUAAGACCGAUGCCCAUCCAUCAACCUUUAUUCUUAUUGGCAUUCCUGGGUUGGAAGCUGCUCACAUCUGGAUCUCCAUCCCCUUUUGUGUGGUCUACUUGCUGGCCCUACUGGGAAACUGCUCUCUUUUGUUUAUCAUCAAGACAGAGCCCAGUCUCCACGAGCCCAUGUACCUAUUCCUCUGCAUGCUGGCUGUAGCUGAUGUUGUUGUGUGUUCUACAGCUGUGCCCAAACUUCUCAGUCUCUUCUGGUUCCAUGAUGGAGAGAUUCGCUUUGAAGCCUGCCUCACUCAAGUGUUCCUGAUUCACUCAUGCUCCACCAUGGAAUCUGGCUUCUUCCUGGCUAUGGCUUUUGACCGAUACAUGGCCAUUUGUAAUCCAUUAAGACAUUCAGCUAUUCUGACACGUGCUGUAAUUGGGAGAAUGGGACUAGCUGUUGUACUCAGGGGCAUAGUACUUCUCAGUCCUCACCCUUUCCUAUUACGUUGGCUUCCCUACUGCAGAACCCAUAUCAUUUAUCACACCUACUGUGAGUUCAUGGCCCUCAUCAGGAUUGCCUGUGCAGAGACAAAAAUUCGCAGAGCCUACAGCCUCAUUGUUGCCUUCCUUACUGGCGGGGUGGACUUUAUAUUGAUCAUUUGCUCUUAUGUCCUCAUACUCCACACCAUUUUCCAUCUCCCAACCAAAGAUGCCCGACUCAAAUCUUUGGGCACCUGUGGCUCCCAUGUCUGUGUCAUCUUAGUGUCCUAUACUCCAGCCUUCUUCUCUUUUCUCACCCACAGGUUUGGGCACCAUGUGGCUCCCCAUGUUCAUAUAUUUGUGGCCAACAUCUAUCUUCUUGUCCCACCCAUGGUAAACCCCAUUAUCUAUGGGGUAAGGACAAGAAAGAUACGAGACAGGUUCUUUAAAGUUUUCAGUUUUUCAAAGCCUCUAACUAAAUCAUUUUUGCUGGUGAGAUAUAUCUGAACAAAACAUUGUAUUAUCUUCGAAUGUAAGGUCUUUCUAUUAAGGCACUCUUUUAAUAAUCAGACAGCUAAGAUUUUUCUGUGGAAAGUAACUUAUUCAAACAUAAUUGUUAGUUUAAACAGAUAUAAUUAUAGACUGUCUAUGCACAUUAGAUUACCAAGUAGAGGGAUUAUUUGACAUUUAAAUCUUGUUAGACUGUUUAAAAUUAAUAAUUUUAAUAAUAUGACUGUCACACAGUGUAUUUCAAAGUUUCAAUUGGCAUAACCAUCUAAGUCUUGCCAUUAUAGAAGAUAUCAAUCUGAACAUAUUAGGAAAUCAGAUUAAUAAAAGAAGAGGAGGCUUUGGGUCAUGGGGCAGAGGAAAGGGAAAAAAAAUGAAGAGGAGGCUACAAGAAAAUCUGACUUUGAACUGUGUCUUUUUUUGGAUUAUUUCAACAUCACUUUGCAGUUUAUUCUAAAAUGCUGCAAUUAUUUUUCAACUUAUUCCUACAUUGUUUCCCCUUUCCUCUUUUAAAGGAAAUCUUAAUUUAGUAUCAACUCUUUCUAAUGUAUGACGACCAAUUAAAUUUGCUUAACAAAAUGUAUAAUGAUAAAUUUUAUUCAUUUUUCAUGUGUCAAUAAAAAUGUUUUAAUGGCUUCAACUGAUAAAAGC